CUGUUCCAAGCAGAGACGGGCAGGCGGCACAAAAGAAGAACACAAACACGAAACCAGCUAAAGCUACACAGCUAAACUGUUUUCAUUGUUUUGUCGCGACAGUUUGACAUUUUUACUAAAGUUAUUUAUUGGGAUCAACAGAAUAUAAGUAAAGAUGGGUAAGAGGCAGCACCAAAAGGAUAAAAUGUACAUCACAUGUACAGAAUACACGAACUUUUACGGAGGAAAGCGGUCAGAAACUGGAAGCGAAGUCCCUCAUUAAGCUGAAUGUGGCCAAAAACAGCGAAGGAAAGUAUCACUGCCCUGUUCUGUACAACGUUUUCACUAAUAACUCUCACAUCGUGGCCAACAAGGUGACAGGAAACGUCUUUUCAUACGAGGCUGUGGAGCAGCUCAACAUUAAGACCAAAAGUUUUAAAGACCUGCUGACGGAUGAACCCUUCACCAGGAAGGAUCUCAUAACGCUUCAGGACCCGACAAACCUGGAUAAAUUCAACGUGUCCAACUUUUUCCACGUAAAGAACAACGUGAAGAUGUUGGACCCCGACGAGGAGAAGGCCAAGCAGGACCCGGCGUACCACCUGAAGAGCACCAACCUGGAGACCAGAGAGACCCUGGCUGAGCUCUACAAGGACUACAAGGGCGACCAGCUGCUGGCCUCCACCAUGAAGGAGCCCGAGGCCAAGAAGACGGACAAAUUAAAUGCUGCCCACUACUCCACAGGCAGAGUUUCUGCCUCCUUCACCUCCACGGCCAUGACUCCAGCAACCACACAGGAAGCAGAUGCCAUCGCAGAUGACGCGGUGCGUUACCAGUACGUGAAGAAGAAAGGCUACGUCCGUCUGCACACCAACAAGGGAGACCUGAACCUGGAGCUGCACUGUGAUAAGGUUCCCAAAGCUGGAGAGAAUUUCAUCCGUCUGUGUAAGAAGGGCUACUACGACGGGACCAUCUUCCACAGGUCCAUCCGCAACUUCAUGAUUCAAGGAGGAGACCCCACUGGCACAGGCACAGGUGGGGAAUCUUUCUGGGGAAAACCUUUCAAAGACGAGUUUCGACCCAACCUGUCUCAUACGGGCCGGGGGGUUCUGAGCAUGGCCAACUCUGGUCCCAACACCAACAAAUCUCAGUUCUUCAUCACGUUUCGGUCCUGUACCUACCUCGACAGAAAACACACCGUAUUUGGAAGGGUUGUUGGUGGAUUCGAGGCGCUCACGGCCAUGGAGAGCGUGGAGUGUGAUCCAAAGAACGAUAAACCAAAGUCGGAAAUCAAGCUGAUAAAUACGACAGUGUUCGUGGACCCAUACGAAGAGGCCGACGCACAGAUCGCAGCGGAGCGAGAGAAGGAGCUGCAGAAACAAGAGGAGGAGAAGCAGCAGGCCAGCCUGGUCCUGAGGAAAACAAAGGAGGAGCAGGCGCCCAAAACCUUCAAAGAAGGAGUGGGGAAAUACAUCAACCCUGCCUCAGUAAAACGUUCGGCUGUGGACGAUGAAGGCGGGCCGUCGACGAGCGCAGCGCCAGCAGCUAAAAAGGCUAAAGGGAAGACGAGCUUCGGCGACUUCAGCUCCUGGUAGCAGCGACGCUUCAGCCUCAGUGUUUUUGUAUUUUGUCUCAUUAAUGUGCACAAUAAAGUUUUUACAUGAAACUUU